CUGCCGAGAAGGGAGGGAUGCUUCUCAUCUCUUCGCUGUUACACACAUACUUGUAUCUUGAACUGACUUCGGUACAUUUGUUCUUCUUCUCCUUUCUCUACCAUACACUAAAUCUUCUCGAAAGUCCAUAUACAACAUUGCUCAAUUUUUAUUUCUGCCUUGAUAAGCGUAUUUAUGUUGUCUGUUGCCUUGUAGUUCAAUCACCUAACGUUACCAGAGGACGGACCUUCCUGACCAUUAACAGUUACUUUCAAGUCGUCGAUAAGAAUCUCACAUCUUCAAACGGCCCAAGACUCAAGACCCAUCACCUCUCCCUGUCUAGAUCAGAGGAACAUCGGGAACACCAGCCCAUCUGUCGUGUGUCCCUGCCAACAGAGUCUCCCUGCCUCCCUGCAGAUCGUUCUCUCCACCACCCCUUCAGGAAACAUCCAGGGACAACGGUCACCACCACAGGUGAUUUAAGGUGUGUCCUCAAGAUGGGGACUAUCCCCCUGGCCCUAACCUUAACCCUGGUCUUGUUGGCUGUCCUGGGGUUCACUACACCCAGUGUCUGGAGCCUGAAUCCAGACGAUCCUAACGUCUGCAGUCACUGGGAGAGUUAUGCUGUGACGGUCCAGGAGUCCUACGCCCACCCCUUCGACCAGGUGUACUACACCAGGUGUACUGACAUCCUCAACUGGUUCAAAUGUACCAGGCACAGGAUCAGCUAUAAGACGGCUUACCGGCGGGGAGUCCGGACCAUGUACCGGCGCCGCUCACAGUGUUGCCCGGGUUACUUUGAGAGGGGAGACAUGUGUGUCCGUAAGUGUAUUUUCCUGUUUCAUUAA